GGUUGAUUGGAUGAAUGUGAUAAAAACAUUCAAAUUAUACAAAUAGAAACCCUCCCAAAAAACACACACCCAAUAAUGGCCGACGAAUCACCACCGGGAGACUCACUUCUCCGACCACCAUCAUUAUUCCCCAUUUUUAACCAAAAUCCCACCGACCCAAUAAACCCACACCCACCUCUCCAACUCUCCAAUCCAACCACCGCACCACCACCCAAUUGGCUCUCCAACACCAGCUUCACCGUCGAUAUCUCCACCAUCACGCCACCCCCUCUUCAAUCCCAUCAACCCGAACCCGAAGAAGAACAAGAAGACGAAAAAGAAGUUGAAUUAGUGGAACAAGAAAGACAAAACCGGCAGACUCGAUACGAGUUGGUGGAAUCGUCUGAGUCGGAUCAGGAACUCGACGAGAAACGAAAACGGAGAAAGAAAGAUAAGAAAAAGAAGAAAAAUAAGAAAGAAAAAAAGGAUGUUGAAUAUGGGCCUAAUUCUAGGAAACAGAAUAUUCAGUCUUGGGCUGCUAGUAAUGAUUCAAUUAGGGAUAAGGAGUAUUACUUCGAUUCUCGUGGCGAUCGCGAUAAUUUGGCUUUCGGUUCUCUUUACAGAAUGGACGUGGCCAGAUAUAAAAUAUUUAAUGGAAGCAAGUCUUCUGGGCUUAACUACAAUGCAUUCCAUUCUUCGAAUAUGAGGAGUUGGGACCUUGGUGGUGAUAACGAUGUAAAUUCGUUAGACAAUAAACUUAGAUCAGAAGGUCGUUACUGGUCUGCUAAGCAUGCUGCAUUGGAGCACCAUAAGAACUUUAAGCGACUUAGAGUUGUUGGUCCUAAAGGUUCUCAACAAGAAAUAGGUACUGAUUUCAUACCACUUUCAGAUGAGACAACCCCUGUUGAAGGCCAGCCUAAAGAUCUUUCAGUUGUCGAGGAAUCAUGGGAAGAUGAAGUGUUGCGAAAGACAAAAGAGUUUAAUAAGAUGACUCGGGAGCAUCCAUAUAAUGAGAACUUUUGGUUAGAAUUUGCGAAUUUUCAAGAUAAAGUUGAAAGUAAGCAGCGACAAAGAGGUGCCCGUUUACAAACAUUGGAGAAGAAGAUCAGCAUAUUGGAGAAGGCAUCUGAACUCAAUCCUGAUAAUGAAGAACUACUUCUUGCACUUAUGAAUGCAUACCAAAGAAGAGAUAAUAAUGACGUUUUGAUUGCCAGAUGGGAGAAGUUACUUACAUACCAUUCAGGGAGUUAUAAGCUCUGGAGGGAGUUUCUAAGGCUUGUUCAAGGCGAUUUUUCUAGAUUCAAGGUUUCUGAAGUGAGGAAGAUGUUUGCCAAUGGGAUACAGGCUUUGUCAGCAGCAUGCAACAAGCAGCAUAGGCAGGCUCGUCAAAAUGAUAGAUCCUCACCAGACCCUCUUCUUGUUCAACAAGAACUUGGACUUGUUAGUAUAUUUGUCAGCUUAUGCCGGUUUGAGUGGCAAUCGGGCUAUCAAGAAUUAGCUACAGCGUUAUUUCAAGCUGUAUUAGAAUACACUUUGUUCUGUCCGUCUUUACUUCUUUCUGAGCAGAGUAAACAGAGACUAUUUGAGUAUUUUUGGAAUAGUAUUGGUGCAAGAAUCGGGGAGGAUGGGGCUCUUGGUUGGUCAAAUUGGUUGCAAAAAGAGGAAGAACAAAAGCAAAUGGCAAUGAUGAAGGAGUCUGAGUCUUCUUCUAUAGUUGAUGAAGGGGGUUGGACAGGGUGGCAUGAACCUAAAGGUGAAAGCAAUGCUCACAAUGAAGAUAAUUUAGAAGUUGCUGAUGUGGGCAUGGAGGUUGGCAAUGAUGACGAUGAUGUGGAUAUGGAAGAGAAAGAUGACACUGAGGCUCUAAUGAAGUUACUUGGUAUAAAUGGUGAAACUGAAGCUAAUGGUGAGGUCCAAGACGUUUCAACUUGGGUCAGAUGGUCAAAGGAAGAGUUAUUAAGAGACUCUAACCAAUGGAUGCCUCUUCGUACAAAAUUUGGGACAUCACUUUCAGAUGGGCUUACUGAUGAAGAGGGUGGCGAACAGCUUCUGAGAGCUGUAUUGUUUGAGGAUAUCAGUGAGUAUUUGUUCUCAAUAACUACAGACGAAGUGCGUUUGUCACUGGUGUACGAGUUCAUUGAUUUCUUUGGCGGAAUAACUCCCCAGUGGUCGUCAACUAAUAGUUCAAGUUGGGCAGAGGGAACUCUAAUGAUGGAGUGGUUGCCACAUUCUAUGCAAGAUGACCUGAGAAAGGUUGAGGAGAUAUUGAAAAAGGCAGAUGGCUGUCUUAAUGGUUACAGUUUAGAACAUGUUCUGGGCAGUUUUGAUAACAUCAAUAUGAGAAGCGAGAUGAUGAAGUUUGUUCGAAAUGUUACGUUACAAUGUUUAAAUGCAUUUUCAUCUGACCACAUUUUAAAAGAAGUUGCACUUGUUGCUGAAGAGCUAUCAAAAACUAGGAUGAAUUCUUGUAGUGUUGCGGUUACUCCAUGUCGGCCAUUGGCGAAGAACCUUAUAAAAAGUAACCGUCAGGAUGUACAUCUAUGUGGUGUUUAUGCGAGACGGGAGGCUGCAUUUGGAAACAUAGAAUAUGCUAGAAAGGCAUUUGACAUGGCAUUGUUUUCUAUUGAAGGUUUUCCGUGGGAUGUUAAAUCAAAUGCGUCACUUUUAUAUCUAUGGUAUGCAGAAGCUGAGCUUACUGAUAAAUCUUCUAAGAGUUCAGAAUCAUUACCACGCGCGUUGCACAUUCUUUGCUGCCUGGGAUGUGGGUUAAAAUAUAGUCCUUUUAAAAGUCAACCAUCAAAUUUGCAAUUAUUGAGGGCUCGACAAGGUUUUAGGGAACAAAUACGGAUGAUACAGGCAACAUGGAUACGUGGGACCAUAGAUGAUAAUUCCGUUGCUUCCAUCUGUUCUGCUGCUUUAUUUGAAGAGUUGACUACUGGAAUGGAAGCAGCUGUAGAAGUUCUGAAUCAGGCUCUUUCCACUGUGCUUCCAGAAAGACGAAGCCAAAAUCAUCAGCUUGAAUUACUAUUCAACUUUUAUGUGCGGCUGCUUUGUAAACACAGUUCUCAAUCAGAGUUAGCAACUAUUUGGAAAUUUGUUGUUCAAGGGUUGCAGAUAUAUCCAUUCAGUCCGAAACUCUAUAAUUCAAUUAUUCGAAUUGCACAUCUUCAUACUUCACCUAGUAAACUGCGAUGGAUCAUUGACGACUACUUACACAAGAAGCCUUCCGUGAUACUUUGUCUAUUUGCAUUGUCAUAUGAGACAAGUAGAGGAAGUUCGCAUCACAGAGUACAUAGGAUCUUUGAAAGGGCAUUGAUGGACAACAAAUUGAGAUUUUCUGUACUUUUAUGGCGUUUGUACAUUGAUUAUGAGAUCCAUGUAACAUGUGACCUGCCUGCAGCCAGACGAAUUUACUUUCGUGCUAUCCACACAUGUCCAUGGUCAAAAAAGUUAUGGCUUGAUGGUUUCACUAAAUUAAGUUCGGUGCUAACUGCAAAAGAGUUGUCCGAUCUAUUGGAAGUUAUGCGUGACAAAGAGCUCAAUGUGAGAACUGAUGUUUACGAGAUCCUUUUACAAGAUGAGAUGGACAUGUCAUAAAAAUGAGUGUCUAAAAGGUGUUGUAUCUCAUAAUUACUUGUAUAGAACAUGUACUCAUGUACCAUCAUCAUGAAAGAACAUCGUUACAUUUAAAAAACACUUGUCAAUCCUUGAGAGGUUCAAGAGGCAAGUUUCUUUA